GCAAGCCAUUUGCCCGUAUGCGCCUCCAUUUCCUCUGCAUUUGCAUCCAGACCUCCCGCUCAGGCAACGACUGUUCCUCCCUGACCGCAUCCACUCCUUCCACAGUCCACCACCUCCUUCACGAUGGCGUUCCCAGGCGCAUUCGGCGGCCCAGGCAUGAGCGGCGGAGCAGCAGGAGGAAACGCAGGCAUGAGCGAGCAGGAACAGCAGAUGGUGAAGAUGGUAAGAAGCACGAACCCUCGACAAGAAUUUCGGAUGGCACAGGACGUGGAGCAUCCUGGGACUAUCGCCAUGAAUUGGCGCAAGAAGAUGUGAUCGCUAAUUGAACGGUAUAUGGACAGAUGCAAAAAGGCAUGGAGUCCUGCGUCGCAAAAUCAGCUCUAGCUGGUGGAAUGGGCUUCGUUCUCGGCGGCGCUUUUGGCCUAUUCAUGUCGAGUAUGGCAUACGACACUCCUCUAUCCCCGCAAGGCCAACAAAUCACCUCACUUCCUGUCCGCGAACAACUCCGGAGAGGCCUCAAAGACAUGGGCUCGAAAUCAUAUUCGUCUGCCAAGAACUUUGCGCUAAUUGGUGCACUCUACAGCGGCACGGAGUGCUGCAUAGAGGGUUUCCGAGCGAAGAGCGAUCUAAUGAACAGCGUCUCGGCUGGAUGUAUCACGGGCGGCAUAUUGGCGCACAAGGCAGGUCCGCAGGCUGCAGCGCUUGGGUGUGCCGGCUUCGCGGCGUUCAGCGCGGCGAUCGAUGCAUAUAUGCGGAUGCCGGAGAGCGACUGAUCGAGGGUGAGGAUAGACAAUGUUUCUGCUGAUUUGAAAGAGAAGGAUGUAUCAGAAUCGAGGAAGAGUUGGGUUUCUUGCAAUGCAUGCAUUCACAGGCGUUGGAAUCGGUCAUGAAAUGUACAGCAUGUACACCGCGGCUUCCCGUUGCGAUAUGACGCUGGGAUCUGUAUAGAGGGUCACAGGGGAGAGCGUUCAGCGAAGCAUUUGCAAGGCGUCAAGCGGGAUUUGUUACAACAAGAGGAAAGUCAACGAAGGACGCGUCUUCCAUCUUGACAGAGGAUUGCAACUGCCAGGAAAUGUCCGUAUAUUUGCGGCUGGCUGGGAUAGACGUUUGGAGCAGCAAUAUGGCGCUACUGGAACUGAUGUAUUGUCCCCGGCUACUGAUGGGGACGAAGACUGGCGGCGGUACGAUAGAUUUCUCUCCGCUUUGUAUAAGUUAUCAGAAUAUUAACAGUCGUCUCGACGUGUUGCAUAUGCAUAUAAAUAUUCAGGU